CGGAAUAACGGCUGCAUGGGCUGAGGGUGAUUUCCGGAACUUUUCUCCGGAGAUUGUCGAGAGACAUUAGCAGGUGUGCACCUUUCUUAACACCGACCGGUACAACAAAUCAGGCCAAGUAAGAAACGAGCUACUGCCAUAGGAACAUCGAAAACGUGAGGCGGGACUUGAUACAGCAUGGAGUUGCCUCCCUUAUCCGCGGACGUUUUGGCCCACUAUCGGCGCUGUAUCCCUGGUCUCCACACGGUGGACGGCAUACCGUGGCAUGGCAGCAUGUUUCCACAGGAGAACUUUGUUAUGAGAAACGAUGACGUCCUUCUGAGUGGAUAUCCCAAGUCAGGUUGUACACAUUUUUAUUUUAUUUUAUUCUAUUCUAUUCCAGUCAAGUUUUCUCUCCCGUGGACCACGAAUCAGACACAUAGGAAAUAUUUCGUGACCAGGUUCAUGGCAAAGGAUUCCAUGGCUAGGUGUCGGCAUGCGGGACAUAUUAAUUUACUUGAUUUGAGUGAGUACACCCCGUCUCUGACCCAUUACACGUAUUUUUGUGUGAAUAAAUCAUUUGGGUUAUCUGUACAGUUACGAAGAUCAUUUUUUUCUCAUCUAGGUAACCAUUGGUUGGGCGAAAUUAUUUACAUGAUUCUGAUUGGAGGAGACCAAGAGAAAGCAAACCAAAAGAAGAUUGGGGAGCGUAUUCAUUGGUUGGAGCUACAUCCAGUCAAACCGGAGGAGGACAACAUCCAGCGGUUUGCUGAUCUCCCGUCUCCGAGAGUACUUAUGACUCACAAUCCCAAUCGACUGUGCCCCCAAUCACGUGAUAAGAAGUUCAAGACCGUCAUCAUCCUGAGAAGCCCCAAGGAUAUUGCUGUCAGUUUUUACAAAUUUCACCAAAUGUUAGAUUUCAUCCGGUAUGACAGACCUUGGGAGGAUUUCCUGUCUUUAUUUAUGCACGGUGAAGUAAUGUACGGGUCGUGGUUUGACGUGGUCUUAGACUGGUGGAAGAGGAAGGAUGACCCCAGCGUCUGUUUUGUGAAAUACGAAGACUUGAAAAAAGAUUUACGGUCUGGAGUGGAGACACUGGCGUCAUUUUUAGGAGUGUCUCUGACAGAGGAUCAACUGCAGAGCGUCGUUAAUCACUGCACAUUCCACAACAUGAAGGCGAACCCCAUGAGCAAUGUGAAGGCCGAUUUCAUGGACGAACAGGUGUCACCGUUUCUCAGGAAAGGUAUAGUCGGUGACUGGAAAAACUACUUCACUGUCGCCCAGAACGAACUGUUCAACGCUUACUUUGAAAGCAGAAUGAAAAAUUCGGGAAUCAGUAUGGCUUUUGAAUGACAACUACAACAUUGGAUUCGGAGAUUGUUCUUCAGCAAGUUUUGUUGCUGUUACACACAUUUUUUUCUUUUGUAAGAAGGCGGUCUGCUUUUUAGGUGGGGAAAAGCUGUAUCGACGAAAGGCUUUUGUACACGUGCUUCAUUAAUGAAUCAAUAAUUCUUUAUCAUGGACACAUUUAUGGUACACUCAAAAUAUUAAUCUGUUAAUUUUGACAGAAAGUCUGUUGUCUGAGUGAUGCUAGAAGAUAUUCUAUCACUGAAGCAGGUUAUUCUGUUAAAAAUAACACGUAUACUAUUAAUUAAACAUAAUGAUUCUGUUAGAUUAACAAAAUAUUACGUUGACUAUGACAGAAUAUUGUGUGAUAAUAACAUUCUAGCAUUACUCAGACGACAAACCGUUCUAGAUUUCUCAUCUGGAUUAGUUUUAGCAAUUUACGUUGUAAUGUAAGGUUUAUUAAGUUGUUUAUUUAUUUAUUUCAUUGGUGUUUAAGGCAUAUUACUCUUUGUACAGGACAAAGAAACUCAAGCAAACGAACACAUGCACACGCUCUAGAAAUAAAGACAUUUAGCUUAUAGAGUAAGGCCAGAGCAGCGACGACAGUGGGAUAACUGGCAAAUGGUUAAACGUACUCGGUGAAAUACGGCCUCUUGUCAGUUUACCUGAGUCAGGAUCGUCCAAGGCGAUAUUCUGACUGUUCAUGUAAAUGCAUAAAUAACAGCAAUGUACACGCCCCAGCACCAUUGUCCAAGCAAAAGUAGGUACAAAAUAUGUAGCGGCAUUUUAUUACACGUCACUACAUACCUUUUUCAGGUACCUGACAAACUUCUUGUCUUAAAUCUAUGCGAAAGACAUUCGUAUAACAGCCGUCAACCAAAAAAUGAGAAAGCCACAGCCGAAGUAGCGGGUGUUGGGACCGAGCUCACGCCCAAUGGUCACCGUGCUAAGAAUAUGUUUAGUCAAGGGUCCGAUUGUCGCAGCGAGCCAGCACUUAAUAACCAUCUGCGCCAUACAACAGGAGCCCAUUUUGUGGUUUCUUUGGUUUACAUGUAUUUCACGCCGAAACAGGCAAGACAGCCACACGUAACAAGACACCUACACCAGACAAGACACUCAGACUGGUGCAAUAUACUCAGCGACACGACUAACCAAAGACAUUCUCUAAAUACGGACUGUCGCUGAGGGGAGGAGCAAGUCGACGUCGACGCUGCUGCUGUUUUUUUUUUUUAAAAAGACAACAAAUAAUAUGACCUUAGUGACCUAUUUAUUUAUUGAAUUCGUGUUUUACGCCAUACUCAAGAAUAUUUGACUUAUACGACGGCAGCCAGCAUUAUGGUAGGAGGAAACCGGGCAGAGUCCGGGGGAAACCCACGACCAUCUGCAGGUUGCUAAACGACCGCAGCCAUUUUGUUCUGACCUGCUUGGUGACCAGGACUCAGGAAUUCUUACGAGUGAGCGAGUGGUUAGUGUUCAACGUCGUACUUAAAAAGUUUUCUGUCAUAUGACGACGAAGGAGUCCUUAGAGUACGUGUACGUGUAAUGAGCCUCCUUUUUGCAGGACGGAUUUCCACCGCUCCUUUAUCUAGUGCUGCUUCACUGAGACGACUUACCGGAGGCAAGUAAACGGCCCCACCCGAGUCACCAUACUGAUACUGGACAACCAGUAGUUGUGUUAUCCCCUUAAUGCUGAACGCCAAGAAAGGAAGAUUCAACUUCCUAUUUUAAGGCCUUCGGUGUGACCCGACCCAUGACUGACCCUGGAUCUAUCGCUCCCGAAGCAAACGCUCUACCAGCUAAGUCGGAAUUCUUACGAACCAUGGGAUACGCUGUGUUAGAAACCGAAAACAUGAUGUCAUGUUACCCGUGCCCCACGGAACAGAGUUCCGUUGACGUCAGCGGAAGCACUAGGGGUCUUGGGGGUAUUGAAAUAACUCACGUCUGAUUGGUCAAAAUUGAUAACAGGCGCUUUUUAAUUUCUCCGUGUGUGUAAUUUUAUUGUUUGCCGCGAUAUAUUGGCUAGACAUCGUCCCAAAAGUAAUGUGAGAUGUUCUGUCGAUGUAUAAAUGUAUAGAUUUGUUUUAAAUUCUUUUAACAUCUUUGAUAUAGAAUGGGUGUAAUACCGUCUGUAUACUGAGAUCAGCUUUUACAAACCCUCCGCCCAGAAGUAUCCAAUUUACAUUCGCUCAAUCCAAACCAUUUUUGCUUUCAUUAUCUUAAACGAUACAUGAAAAGGCACUAUAAAACGAAGGGUAUGGUUUAAGAAAGAUGUACCAUAAAAACGAGAUUUUUUUUUUCAUUCUUGAGGAAUAUUUUCUAUUUCUUAAGAAACCCUCCAUAUUCCGUUAACGGUCGGAAAUAUUCACAAAUGCUGUCAUCGAUGAACAUAAUGGGAAUCCGGAACCAGCUUGAGCCUGCAGUUUGGGUUCUCUGCCCAACAAAGUUGUUUUUGACAGCCAUCACAGCUGAUGUCCCCACAACAGCCUACUUUAUUUCUGGAAUUUCCGCUGGGGCCUGAAGAAAACUGUACUUUAAAGCCAUUUAUACGCCUCAUAAAGAAAGUUGAUUAGCUUUUUCUUACUUUCGUAGUUUGUAGUAUAUGGACAUGUGCGUGGUACGUAUUAAGAAAUAAUAUUGAUAAUAAUAAUGAUAAUAAUAAUGUUAAUAAUAAUUAAAAAAAAAACAAGCGUUUCAUGUACAUGUAUCUUUUAAGGAGUAACGUACAGGUUUUUGAGUAGCGAUUGUUAUGUAGUUUGACUGACAAGUCAGAGGUUUAUCUGACUUGAUGAUACACACAUGACGUUUAUACGACUGGUGACAAAUUACCGGGGACGCGCAUGCGUGUGUAAUCAAGAGGUCCAGCUUCACACGAUUGCUGAUUUCAUAUAUAUCAUAUUUCGGGGAAAAGACAGUUGAAAAUCUGGCCUGUCUGCCCUGCAAAUAAAUCAGUAAACCAACUUUGUAUGUGUCAAAAUAUAUUUAUUAUUUAUUUGUUUGAUCGAUGUUAAACACCGUACUAAGAAUUCGUUUAUUUAUUCGACGUUGAAAAGUUUUAUGGUGUGAAGUACUUAAACCAUAGUGCAAGAGGGCGUGUGAAUUGCUGUACUAUUGAAACAUUUGCUUGAGCAAUUAAAAUUAAUCUUUACUUAGGCGAGACUUCAACCAGUUAAUUGUGGCCAUUUGCCAACUACGACACUUUCGUCGCCUGUAGUCUUUUAUAUUGAAUAAAACGCAGAUAAUCUAUGAGGUGUAAAAAUAUCGAACCCUUCCCCUCCCGUUCCCCUUUUUAUCCCCUUGGUAUACACUGGGAGGGUAUGUAUCGGUCGGUUCCGUCCGUCCGUCCGUCCGUAUAUCCCUUUAUCUUGUCUACGUAAAUCCUCCCACAGUUUUCAACAGACAUUUUUUUAUAAAAUUUAGGUGUGGUAAGGACAUUAUGUUGAUAUGAGUGAGGAUUUUUAUUCCAUGUCGUGAUUCUUAUUUAUUCAAAAUUACCGCCCGUUUGAGGAUAGAGUUUGACUUAAUAGUACUUGAUUUACUGGAGGGAAUGGGUCGAUAGUCCUAUGACGCCUUGUUAAUACUGGAGAACGACACACAUGCAUUACAUAGCGCAGAGAGUAAAACCAGAGCAGCGAUGACCGCGUGAUACAGCUGGCAAAUGGUCACACGUAACCGGCGAAAUAUGGUCUCUUGUCAAUAUACCUUAGUUAGGGUUUUAUUGUGACAGUUCAUGUACAUUCAUGAAU